GACCAACGUGCGAAAAUGAGGGCUUGCUUUCUCUCUGUUUCUAUGUAGAACAACAAACAAUACACACAUAAAACGCAGACGCACACACGUAUAUAUAUCCGUCAGAUUUGCUCAGACAAUUGUUUCUUCUUCGAUCUGUAAGUUAAUUAAUUACUUCAUACAUGAAUUUUCUCUUGUUUUAUCACUCUAAUCCUUUGAAUUGAGUCGGCAAUUUCCACAAUUUCACAAUUUUCGGUGUUUUUUUGGGUUUGAUUUUGGUGAUUUUUGAGGUUGUUGAGAUUAAAUGAAAACCCUAGAUCUUUCCGGGUAGUGUUUUUUCGUAAAUAAUUGAAGUUUUGAGGUCGGAUCUGAUACUUGUUAGCUCGAUUUUGAAGUUGAAUUUAGAGAAUUUUGUAAGCCAAUUUUGUUAGGGUUAGGAUUUUUUAUUGAGUAAAAUUGAUGGCUUCGAAUCCUCCAUUUCUACUGGAGGAUCAGACGGAUGAGGAUUUCUUCGAUAAAUUGGUCAAUGAUGAUGACGAUGAUGUUGGUUUUAAUGUAACUACACCGGGCCCGGGCUUGGGCAUGAGCUCGAGCCCGGUGUACGUCCAUGGGAUUGACUCUGAUGAGGUUAAAGCAUUUUCUAAUCUCAGUAUCAGUGAUGAUACCAGUACUAGAGCUGAUAAUAUAAGGGAGAAGAGUAGUGGUUUUCAGGCAACUACAUCGUCAGCAGAACCAGGAUUGGGCUUGGACGCGAGCCAGGUCUACGUCGAUGGGAAUGGAUCUGAUGAGGUUAAAGCCUUUGCUAAUCUCAGUAUCAGUGAUGAUGGCAAUAGUGGAGUUGAUACUAUAAGCAGUGAUAAAGGUGUUAAUUGCAAUGCUAAAACAGCGUUAAUUGUUGAGGGGAAUGGAGAGAAGAAGAGUAGUGGUUCUUUAGUGUCAUUGGCUUCUGGGGGGUCGGAUGGUUUACUCGAGUCGAGCAAUGGUAAUAUGGAGACUGAGGUAACGGCUGAUAAGAUGGAGAAUCACACCGGUGGAUCAGGAAACUCGGGUGUGAAGGAGGUUGGAUGGAGUGCGUUUCAUGCUGAUCCAGUUACGAAUGGCGAUAAUUCUGGGUUUGGAUCAUACAUGGACUUUUUCAGUGAAUUGGGGGAUACUAAUGAUGGUGAUGUAAUUGGAAAUGUUGAGGAGAAUGUGAAUAAGAGGUCAACUGUUGUGCCAGCCGAUCAAGUUCAUGACACGAAACAAGUUCAUGAAACGUCGUAUUUGGAUAAUACUAGCAGUUCGUUAACACAGGGUCAAGAUGGUUACGGCUAUGAUGCUACCACAGGACAAGUUGCAGAUGGACAUGAUCUAAACAGUAGUCAAUACUGGGAAGAUCUUUAUCCGGGAUGGAAGUAUGAUGCAAACACCGGGCAGUGGUAUCAGGUUGAUAGUAUUGAUUCAGGUGCUAAUGCACAAGGGAGUACUGAUUCUAAUUUGGUUUCUGAUUGGGCAGUUUCUGAUGGAACACCGAAGGUCUCGUACCUACAGCAAGCUGCUCAGUCUGUUUCUGGUAAUGCGGCCGAGAGUGUUACGACUGAGAGUGUCACUAAUUGGAAUCAGGUUUCCCAGCUAAGCAAUGCUACUGAGAACGUGGAAAACUGGAAUCAGGCUUCACAGACGAUUGACAAUGGCGGGGUUGUGACUGACUGGAAUCAGGUGUCACUGGCUAGUGAUGCAGGUGGUUUCACGACUGACUGGAAUCAGGCCUCACAAAUCAACAAUGGGUAUCCAUCGCAUAUGGUUUUUGAUCCUCAGUACCCUGGUUGGUAUUACGAUACGAUUGCGCUUGAAUGGCGCUCUCUAGAGAGCUACACAUCGUCUGCUCAAUCGACUGUUCAAGGUGAGGGCCAGCUGGAUCAGACUGGUUUGGCUUCGCAGCAGACUUUCUCUCACAAUGAUGAUCAAAGGAAUUACGGGCACAAAGAGAAUAGUGGAUUCCAAGGGUUUAGCAGUGGAGGAGGAGAUUACAACUGGUCCGGCUCUUUUGGUAAUUACAAUCAGAAUAGCUCAAAUUUGUCGCAAAAUGAAAAUGUUGCAAAGAGUUACCAUGUAUCAGAGUAUAGGGGGAGCCAGCAAUUAGAGAAUCACUACAACCAAGAAUUUUCUACAAGCAGCGAUGUUAAUAGGCAAAUGUCUAAUCAUUAUGAGGGAACAGUUCCAUACAAUGCAAAAGCAAUUCAAAGUCAAGGUAACCAAGGCUUUUUCUCUGGUGGGGGUUUUGGUCAGCAACUUAGUCAGCCAACACUUCAGCAACAUGAGCAAAAGCAUGCCUCUAGUGAUUAUUACGGGAGUCAAACCACAGCCAAUUAUUCCCAGCAAGCAUUUCAGAGCAGCCAGCAGUUUUCUCAUGCUCUUGCUGCAGGAAGGUCAUCUGCUGGCCGUCCACCACAUGCUUUAGUCACUUUUGGUUUUGGUGGAAAACUGAUUGUGAUGAAAGAUAAUAGUUCCUUUGGAAACCAAUCUUUUGGAAGUCAGAAUCCUGUAGGAGGUUCAAUAUCUGUACUCAACUUGAUGGAUGUUGUCUCUGAGAGAGUUGACACUUCAAGCCUUGCGAUGGGGGCAUGUGAGUAUACCCGAACUCUGUGCCGGCAAUUAUUCCCUGGUCCACUAGUUGGUGGAAGUCCCAGUACCAAGGAGUUUAAUAAAUGGAUUGAUGAGAGGAUUGCAAACUCUGAAUCUCCUGACAUGGAUUACAGGAAAGGCGAAGUUUUGAGGUUGCUUCUGUCAUUGCUAAAAAUAGCAUGUCAGUAUUAUGGGAAACUUCGUUCUCCUUUUGGUACUGAGGCUGUGUUAAAGGAAAGCGAUGCUCCAGAAACAGCGGUAGCAAAAUUGUUUGCAUCUGUGAAGAGGAAUGGGAUGCAAUUCAAUCAAUAUGGCGCUGUUUCCCAGUGCUUGCAGCAAUUGCCUUCUGAAGGACAGAUGCGGGCUACUGCUGCUGAGGUUCAAAUUCUUCUAGUUUCUGGAAGAAAGAAAGAAGCAUUACAAGUUGCACAAGAGGGUCAGUUGUGGGGGCCAGCUCUUGUUCUCGCUGCACAACUUGGUGAACAGUUCUAUGGAGAAACGGUGAAGCAAAUGGCACUUCGACAGUUAGUAGCAGGGUCUCCUUUGCGGACACUAUGCCUAUUAAUUGCAGGUCAACCGGCUGAUGUCUUUACUGUAGAUUCUACAGUUCAAAGUGGCAUGCCUGCUGUAAAUGUGGCUCAGCAGCCUACACAGUUUGGUGCUAAUGUCAUGCUGGAUGACUGGGAAGAGAAUUUGGCUGUGAUCACUGCAAACAGAACGAAGGAUGACGAACUGGUGCUUAUUCAUCUUGGUGAUUGUUUGUGGAGAGAGAGGAGUGAUAUUGUUGCUGCACACAUUUGCUAUCUAGUGGCCGAAGCAAACUUUGAACCAUAUUUAGAUACAGCGAGAUUGUGUCUUGUGGGUGCGGAUCACUUGAAAUUUCCCCGAACUUAUGCUAGUCCUGAGGCUAUUCAGAGGACUGAGAUUUAUGAAUACUCGAAGGUGCUGGGGAAUUCUCAAUUUAUUCUCCUUCCUUUUCAACCAUAUAAACUUCUGUAUGCACACAUGUUAGCUGAAGUUGGGAGGAUAUCAGACGCAUUAAAGUACUGUCAAGCAUUGUCGAAAUCACUUAAAACUGGCCGAACCCCUGAGACGGAAACAUUGAGACAGUUAGUGUCAUCUCUUGAGGAAAGGAUUAAAACUCACCAACAGGGAGGGUUCUCCACAAAUUUGGCUCCUGGAAAAUUGGUUGGUAAAUUGCUUAACCUUUUUGAUAGCACGGCUCAUCGUGUUGUUGGGGGCUUACCACCACCAAUGCCAACAAGUGGCAGUUUACAAGGGAAUGAACAACAUCAUCAGUUUGCGGGGUCUAGAGUUUCAAGUAGUCAGUAAACCAUGGCAAUGUCAUCACUGAUGCCCUCAGCAUCUAUGGAGCCAAUAAGUGAAUGGGCAACAGAUAGCGGUAGAAUGUCAAUGCACAGUAGAAGUGUUUCAGAGCCUGACAUUGGAAGAACUCCAAGACAGGAUCACGUUGACUCGUCAAAGGAAGCAAGCUCAAGUAACACAGGAAGCAAUGCAUCAGGAGCUGGAGGGACAUCACGCUUUCGUCGCUUUAGCUUUGGCUCCCAGCUUCUCCAGAAAACUGUUGGAUUAGUCCUCAAACCCCGUCAAGGCCGUCAGGCAAAAUUGGGUGAAACGAAUAAAUUUUAUUAUGAUGAAAAACUUAAAAGAUGGGUAGAGGAAGGGGCUGAACUUCCUGCUGAGGAACCGGCCCUUGCACCUCCACCAACCACUGCAGUUUUCCAGAAUGGAGCACUAGAUUAUAACUUGAAGAGUGUAUUAAAAAGUGAGAGUUCUAUAUGCAACAAUGGAUUUCUGGAAAUGAAGAGUCCAACUUCUGCUGAUAAUGGUUCGGGAAUCCCACCUCUUCCACCUACCUCCAACCAAUUCUCGGCUCGUAGUCGUGUGGGUGUUCGGUCAAGGUAUGUUGACACAUUCAACAAGGGUGGUGGUAAUCCAACAAAUCUUUUCCAGUCACCUUCUGUUCCUUCCAUAAAGCCUGCUACUGCUGGCAAUGCCAAGUUUUUUGUUCCCACCCCAAUGUCUCCUGUUGAAGAGACGGGGAACAAUACUUCCAAUGAGCAAGAAACUUCAAGUAAUAGCGAGAAUGAUUCAGUCACUACUGUUAGUGGAUCCUUCCAGUUUCAUGCACCUACAUCGAGCGCGCCUAUGCAAAGAUUUGCAAGCAUGGACAACCUCUCAAAUAAAGGAACUGGCACCGGCUCUCUAUCAUCUUACUCCCGCCGAACUGCAUCAUGGAGUGGAAGCUUUCCUGAUGCUUACUCCCCUAAUAAAUCUGAAGUAAAACCACCGGGCAGUAGAUUGAGUAUGCCUCCGUCAUCAUUCAUGCCUAGUGAUACUAAUUCGAUGCACUCAAUGAAUGGUGGUAGUUUUGGUGAUGACCUUCAUGAAGUAGACCUGUGAUACAAUAAGAUGUAUAUACCAAGUUUUGCUCGUCUUCGUGGUAUCCUGCUCAAAAUCUCUUCACUUUUAUUGGUAAGCAGUGAAGCGUGAUGAUCAAGGAAGCCGGAAACCCUUUCCUCUCCCCUUUUUCUCAAUCCCUCAUUAUACCUUUUUCUCCUCUCUUUUUACUUUUUGUAAGAUCAGUUGUAUGUUGAAAGCAAUAUCUUAUUUAGCUGUUUACCUGUAGGUAUAGGUUUAUAUUUCUUGUUCUUUUUUCUUUUUGUCCUUCUAACACCUGUGGUUUCAGAGACUUGUUAUUACACAAGGAAAGUGGCCUGAGAUAACAUUGUACAGUUGAUUUGUUCAUUUAUUGAGGAAAGAAACUCUCAUUUGAUAAAUUU